UGGGGCGGAGAAGCCGAGAGUGGCUGGGAAAUGAUGGCUGAUGAAGAGGAGGAAGUCAAGCCGAUUUUGCAGAAAUUGCAGGAACUGGUGGAUCAACUCUACUCAUUUCGAGACUGCUAUUUCGAGACACAUAGUGUUGAGGAUGCUGGAAGGAAGCAACAGGAUGUGCGGGAGGAGAUGGAGAAGACCUUGCAGCAGAUGGAGAAAGUAGUAGGUUCUGUCCAGGGCAAGGCCCAGGUUCUGAUGCUCACUGGGAAGGCACUGAAUGUGACUCCUGACUAUAGCCCUAAGGCUGAGGAGCUUCUGUCGAAGGCAGUGAAACUGGAGCCUGAGCUAGUGGAAGCCUGGAACCAUCUGGGUGAAGUGUACUGGAAGAAAGGGGAUGUUGCUGCUGCCCACACUUGCUUCUCAGGAGCCCUCACCCAUUGCAAGAACAAAGUCUCCCUUCAAAACCUGUCAAUGGUGCUUCGCCAGCUGAGAACUGAUUCUGGAGAUGAACAUUCUCGCCACGUCAUGGACAGUGUCCAGCAAGCUAAACUGGCCGUGCAGAUGGAUAUCCAUGAUGGCCGUUCCUGGUAUAUUCUGGGGAAUGCAUACCUUUCUCUUUACUUCAAUACUGGCCAGAACCCAAAGAUCUCCCAGCAGGCCCUCAGUGCCUAUGCCCAAGCAGAGAAGGUAGACAGGACAGCUUCCAGUAAUCCUGACCUUCACCUGAACAGGGCAACGUUACAUAAAUAUGAAGAGAACUAUGGGGAAGCCCUGGAAGGCUUCUCUCGUGCUGCAGCACUGGAUCCUGCCUGGCCGGAGCCCCAACAACGAGAGCAACAACUCCUGGAAUUUCUGAAUAGAUUAACCAGCCUCCUGGACAGCAAGGGAAAGGUGAAGCCCAAGAAGCUGCAGAGCAUGCUGGGGAGUUUGCGCUCUGCACACCUAGGCCCUUGUGCUGAUGGCCGCUAUCAGUCAGCCUCUGGGCAGAAGGUGACCCUGGAGCUCAAGCCACUGAGCACGCUGCAGCCUGGUGUGAACAGUGGUGCUGUGGUCCUGGGGAAGGUGGUGUUCAGCCUUACCACAGAGGAGAAGGUUCCCUUUACAUUUGGCCUGGUAGAUUCAGAUGGACCUUGUUAUGCAGUGAUGGUGUAUAAUGUGGUACAGAGUUGGGGAGUGCUCAUUGGAGACUCUGUCGCCAUUCCUGAGCCCAGCCUCCGGCUUCACCGAAUUCAGCACAAGGGAAAGGAUUUUUCCUUUUCCAGUGUUCGUGUGGAGACGCCCCUCUUGCUGGUGGUGAAUGGGAAGCCCCAGGGCUCCAGCAGCCAGGCUGCAGCCACAGUGGCAUCGAGGCCGCAGUGUGAAUGACCUUCCCUGACUCGCAUGCUGAGGAGGCGUGGAGGCGAGGAGAUGAGCCCCGGGCACCCUGUGGCCGGACUGGCCACUCUCAUGACUCAGCUGGGAGGGGGAGAUGUUCUAGGUGAAGACAUCCUCCUCCUCUGGCCGCUAAGACAUGUUGUGUCCUGUCUCUCUCUCCUGUUACCAUGUUUCAGCUCUCUUCUGGGCCACAUGCUCCCCGGUAUAUCUCCUGCCUUUCAUUGCUCUCCUAUGUUUUAGGCAAAGAGCAUGGAAUUUGGCAAAGUGUUGGGAUCUUGCCAAGGGGCAGAGACCCCAAGGUUUCUGUUCUUGCCUCUUCAAUGAGCCUUGUGUAUAUAUCAUUUCAGUAUUUAUUACUAAAGUUGGGGGGAGCUUAAUUUUUUUAAUGGCCUUUUUUUAAUUUUAUUUUAAUCCUUCCCCAUUUGGGGGGCUGGAGGAGAAUAAAAUUGUUUGGAAAAAA